CACCAUGCCUUUGCAACACCCUGUCUACGGCAACGGCAUAUUCGCGUUUCGUGUUGUGCUUUUGAUUAAAUUUUUCCUACUUUUAAUCUACCAAUCCAAGCAAAUUUACCAUCACCAGAAGCACAAUGUAUUGCUUCACUACGAUCUUAUGAAAUUCGAUCUGGAAACAUAUCGUAAACGUGCAAUUUUGAGGACGAAAAAUUCACAGCACCAUUUGGGAACAUCGACGAGCGAGUCAAAAUUCAAGGCUUUCAAAUUUCACUCUCCCUGAAUAAUGGCCAAUGCCACCGAAACUAAGUAUGUCACCGAAGUACCAAGCAGUCUUAAACAAUUGGCGCGUCUUGUUGUACGCGGCUUCUACUCCAUCGAAGAUGCGCUAAUCAUUGACAUGUUGGUGCGCAAUCCUUGCAUGAAAGAAGAUGACAUUGCAGAGUUGUUGCGAUUCGAAAAAAAACAAAUGCGCGCACGCAUCUCAACAUUGCGCAAUGACAAAUUCAUACAGAUUCGUUUAAAAAUGGAGACUGGACCUGAUGGCAAAGCACAAAAGGUCAACUACUAUUUCAUUAAUUAUAAGACAUUUGUGAAUGUUGUCAAAUAUAAAUUGGAUCUUAUGCGUAAGCGUAUGGAAACAGAAGAACGUGAUGCUACCAGUCGUGCCAGCUUCAAAUGUACAAACUGCGAUAAAACGUUCACUGAUCUCGAAGCCGAUCAAUUGUUUGAUUUUACUACAGGCGAAUUUCGUUGUACGUACUGUGGCAGUCCUGUGGAGGAGGAUAGUUCUGCGAUGCCAAAGAAAGACUCACGCUUAAUGCUAGCGCGAUUUAAUGAACAGUUGCAACCGCUAUAUGAUCUCCUACGAGAAGUAGAAGGCAUUAAGCUUGCACCAGAAAUACUUGAACCCGAGCCAGUGGAUAUCGACACGAUACGAGGCAUCGCAAAACCACUAGCCCAGCGUCCCGAUGGGCAGCAAUGGUCAGGCGAGGCAACACGUAAUCAAGGAUUUGCUGUCGAGGAAACACGCGUUGAUGUUAGUAUUGGUGGCGAAAUACAGGAAGCUGUUACAGAACGUAAAGCUCGUCCUGUUUGGAUGACGGAAAGUACGGUCAUAACGGAGGACAAUCAUGAUGCCACGGAUGCCAUUCUCAACGAAGCUGCACAAUCAUCAACGCAGCAUACGAUAAGUGUUGGCGGCUCAACAAAUAACCGUAGUAAAAAGGAGAAUGAAGAUAUCAUGUCAGUGUUGCUUCAACACGAAAAGCAAACAAAUCAAAAAGAAGCGCAAACAAAAGGUCUUAAAUAUGGAUCGCCGAAUGCGGACUCUAGUGAUUCUAGUGAUGAUGACAAUGAUAUAGAUAAUACGAAAAUACCCAAAGUUGAUUACAACAAUUUUAUCAAUUCCGAAUCGGAAGAAGAUGAUGAUGAUGUUCCUACGGUGCAUGUUGCCGGACGGCCACAUCCAAUUGAUCAAAUAAAUGAUGAACUUAUAGCCCAAAUGACACAACAAGAAAAAGAAAACUAUAUACAUGUUUAUCAGCAGCACUACAGUCAUAUUUACGAUUGAAAUGUAAAUUGUAUGAACUGGCAUGUAGUUGGGCUGCUAAGUUUUGGAUUGUAUAUUUUACUAGUUCAAUCUUAUUUCAAUUUCAAUUAUAUUGCAACUUAUUUGGUUUUUUUUUUAUGUGUUGUUGAAGUUCAUAAUAUUUGGCUUCAUGAUAUCAGAAGUAAAAUAAUACACUUUCUGCAUAUAAAAAUUGAUAUGAGAGAUUUUAUUUAAAGCCCGCCGGUUUAAUUAUAUGCAGACAAUAUUAAGUUACUGAAAAAUGAAUCUUAUAAGAAGUAAAAAAUUAUAUACAAACUUAAACAUUAUAGACGUGUGUAUAUGCACUGAAACCUUUUUGCAUGAGUUGUAAUAUAUUAGAUUUAAUAAAAUUACUAAACUUAAAAAA